AAAAGAUGGUUACUGUGUUUACGUUUGUAAAGUGCAGAUAGUUUGGUAAACAUUAGAGUAAUCCUGAUAGUCAUCUGUCAGGAACCAUAUUUAAGUCCUGAUUGAGAGGAAAAGAAUGGAAAUGGCAAACAAGUGGAUCCUGCAAGUGUUAAUGUUAUAAUGCAAUAUGUCCCUGAAUGAUAAGAAAAGACACAUACUGCUGCCUGAUAUCUACUUAACAGAAGGCAUAUGCAGAAGUAAAUCUUUUGGUGGCUUGUCUCAUAGACGAACAAAUUCCGCUGAUUCUAGCUUUACAUGUUCUAAUGCUGAUGUGAGUUUUGAUGGAUGUACAGUUGGUUUAUUACAUGGAGGAUUAGGUGCUGUUUUUGGUCAAAGUUCCAGUUUAAAUUCAACACGAAGUUUCAUUCAUGGGUUAUCUUCUUCAAAGACUCCAAAACUACACAAAUCACCAAGACCAGAAAGAACCCAAACAGUAUUUGAAUCAAUUUGCAAAGGAUUAAAGGAUAGCAUACUUUUAGCACAAAAUGACAUUACAAGCUCUAGAGUUGCUUUUGACAGUGUGUCCGUUUCUUCUACACUGUCUCAAGGCCGACUAUAUGAGUUAGAGAAGCAAAUGAAAGCUAAUGAAAGGCUUUUUAAAAAAUUGGAGUUCCAUUUAUCAAAACUUGAAGAACUUAAAGAGCAGUAUGAUAUACAACAUAGGAUGCGAGAUGGUAUACGUACUAUGGCGUAUGCUUAUAUUUUAUCCCCUGGAAAAGAAAAAGACUCAGCUUUGCAAAGUGUCAAAUUACAGUUUAAAGAAUGCACAGAGCAAAUGUGUUUUUUAGAGAGCAAACUGGAAGGGCUGAUGGGAAAUCUGAUAUUUCAAAUGAAAGGAAUACAAGGUUUUGCUCGAAUUUGUUGUGGAGAUGUCUUUGAAGUUGUUAUUAAACAUGGUGAUCAGAAAUGGAAGAGUCGUGGCAGAGUUAUUAAAAAUGGAGAGCAGCUUUGGGAUAACAAAUAUGUUGUGUUCAAAUCUUUUUUCAAUCAGCCUCUUCGCAUAAAGGCCAUUGAAGUUCGUGGUUUAGGGAAAAACAUUGUCUUGGGGAAUAAGUACUGUGAAACACGAGAUUUGUUUAGUGCACAUCCGCAACAAAUGACUAUAAAUUUGAAUCCAUCAGGUUCCUUGAAGCUCAACCUAAUAAUAACUUGGAAUCCGUUGGACAGUAUGUGGGAUGGAAAUUCUUCAUCAACUCUCUCAACAGCUGUGGGAUUACCCUAUGGUCGUAAUAGUAUCAGCCAGUCAUCAAUACCAGAAGCCGAAGCUUUUUCAGAGCUUUCUAUAUCAACAAAGCAGGGCUUGAUGAAUGAUACAAUUUUCUGUGAUAAUGCUGGCCAAAGUUUUAGCAGUGAAAGUACCAGUGCCAGUGUCUCUGCUCAAAGCUCUGCAUUAGCCAGUCCCGAUGUAGAAAGUAUGAGCAGAAUUCCUCAUAUAAUUGAUUAUGUUGACAAUAAAUCCAAUUCAACUAUACUCUCUAGUCAAUUAGAUUCAGGGGACUUGAAUUUCAACGAGUCUCUUACGUGGUCAGUUCCUAUGAGUGAUGAAAAUUCUGAGUCUCAUAGCCUAUCAUCAUCUGAAUCGCCAUUUAUCGGUCAUAAUUUAAUGGAAAUUUUGAGAAAUUUUACUCUUCUUUGGGAAGAUGUUUCAAGCACCUAUCCAGAAUUGAAAGAGUUUUCUUGGAUAAUUGAGGAAAUAAACAAGGCUUUAAAGGGCAAAAGUGAUAGUUCAAGUGGUUCUAAUAUAAGUAUUUCUGUUGAAAGUGCUCUUGGAUGCUUUGAUUUCUUAAAUUCUGCUAUUGAAAAUGAAGAUCAUGAAACUGUUGACAACAAAUCUACGGAAGAAUGUAUUAUAGAAAGUGCUGAACAGAAUGCAUUUGAUACUCAGAUGACACCGGAAGAAAACGAUGUUGUAGCAUGUAAACUUGAUUUUAAUUCCUUAAAAAUUUCUUCUGGUAAUGAGCAAUUGGAUGUAGUUUUGACAGAUCAACUGAUCUACACUUCUAGACUUAUUUCUGUUUUAAUUGCCAGUGAUGGUGUGAAAACUGUGGAGAAAGUUUUUCUCUUGAAACUAAAGAAACAACAAGAAUGCUUUAAAGUUCUUUUAAAACUUUUGAGAAAGAAAGAUCAAAUACAAUUAAGUGACUUUUUUGAGGACAGUGAAAAUGGAGUACAGCAAUUAUGGACUAAAGUUGCUGGAGAAUCAUUUUUCUCUGUGUUUUAUAAUAUAUCUUCUUCACUGGAAAAUGUGAUUAAAUCUAAGGCUGUUUUAGAUUGCUACAUGGCCUCAAAAGUGUCACACCGUAUAAUACUGGAAAUCGUGGAUUCUAAUCAUGUGGAAGCUACAACACGCAUUUCUGUAUUACAAUUUAGGAUGUACUUUUCAGACAGCAAUAAUAGUGAAACUCAACUUUGUGAAAUUAUUGCAGAUGCUUUAGCUGCGGAAGACUUGAAAUCUCGAGAUGUUCAGAAAGCUUUUGCUGCUGUCUCAGUACUGUCAAAAAUUAAUCCAUCUUCUUACUCUUUAUUUCAAAUUGGCAGCCUACUUAUUGAAUCUGACUGUGAUCUUAAAAACAUAGCAAGUGAGUGA